UAUUACAUAUAUAAAUGAUAUAAUACUUUACUAUGAAAUAAUCAAAUAUAUACAAAAAAUUAUAUGUUUGACAACAUGUUUCUCUUAAAGAAAAAUUUCUCACUUCUUUCAAAUACUUCAUUGAAGCAACUACAUACUUCAAAUAUAUUACAAAAUGCUAUAAUAAUAGAUGGUAAAAAAAUAGCUAAUAAAAUACAAAAUGAAUUAAAAAUAACUGUUGAUAAUUGGAUAAAUGAUAAUAAAAAAAGACCUAAAUUAGUGGCUAUUAAAGUUGGUAAUAAUCCUGCUAGUAAAAUAUAUGUUGAUAAAAAAAUAAAAGCUGCAAAUUUUAUUGGAAUUGAAAAUUAUACUAUUCACUUAGAUGAGAAUAGUUCACAACAAGAUAUUAUUAAUGAAAUUGAUAAUUUAAAUAAAGAUAAGACUGUAGAUGGAAUUCUUGUGCAAUUGCCAUUAAUAAAACAUAUGAAUGAACAAGAAGUUUGUCAGGCGAUUAUACCAAGUAAAGAUGUUGAUGGUUUUCAUUUAGAAAAUUUAGGUAAUUUAGCAUUAAAUAGGAAUGGAAUUAUUCCUGCAACUGCUUUGGCUGUGAAAGAAUUAAUAAUAAGAAAUAACAUUGAAACUUUUGGAAAAAAUGCAGUUGUAGUAGGAAGAUCUAAACAUGUUGGUUUACCUAUUGCAUUACUUUUACAUGGUGACAGUAAAGAUAGAACAGGUGCAUUAGAUAUGACUACAACUAUAUGUCAUCGUCAUACUCCUCAUACUGAAUUAGAAAAAUUUACAAAAUUGGCAGAUUUAGUUGUUGUUGCAGCUGGUAUACCUGGUUUAAUCACUAAGGAAAUGAUAAAACCAGGAGCAUGUAUAAUUGAUGUAGGAAUUACAAGAAUAAAAAUGGAUAAUAAAUAUAAAAUAGUAGGAGAUGUAGAUUUUGAAAAUGUAAAAUCAAUUGCUGGACAUAUAACUCCAGUGCCGGGAGGUGUAGGUCCUAUGACUGUAGCAAUGUUAAUGAAAAAUACUAUUUUAGCAGCUAACAAAAAUUAUGAAAAUUCAAAGCUCUCUGAUCAUAAUAAUAAAUAAAGAUUUUGAUCAAUAGUUAAAUAUUGAAAUAAUAGUAUAAUA